AUGGCCGACGUCCGCUCCCCCUCCGACGACAACCUGCCUGCAACCAACGAAGAGCAGCGCGAUAGGACGAGCAGCAUGUCGCUUGGAAACACAGAAACACCACCACAGAAUGGCGCAAAUGGCCCCGCGAACGGCGCCUCCGCCGCCGCCAGUGCCGAGACACCCUCGGCGCCCAACCCAGAAAUCUCGCGCCAGGUCCAAGAAGUCCUGUCGUCCGAUAUUGGCGUGUCAACCAUGUUGAACCAACUCAAGGCGAGCAUCGCGUCUGCAAAGGAAUUCGCCCUCUUCCUCAAGAAGCGAUCACACAUCGAAGAAACACACGCGUCCGCGAUGAAGAAACUGUCCCGCAUGAGCCAGGAGACCAUGCACCAGCCCGAACACAAGCAAGGCUCCUUUGCCCAGGCUUACACCGAAAUGAUGUACAUCCACGAGCGCAUGGCCGAGAACGGCAUCCAGUUUGCCGUUUCACUGCACCAAAUGCACGACGACCUUAUCGAGAUGGCCGCCAUGGCCGAGCGCAGCCGGAAAGGAUGGAAGGCGAACGGCUUGGCGGCGGAGCAUCGCGUGGCAGACCUCGAGGCCGCUAUGCGCAAGUCAAAGGCCAAGUACGACAGUCUGGCAGAGGAGUACGACCGCGCCCGCACCGGCGACACCAGCAGGAACAGCGGAAAGAUGUUCAGUUUGAAGGCAAAGUCGGGACCGCAACACGAGGAGGACCUGUUGAGAAAGGCACAAGCCGCCGACCAGGACUACCAGGCCAAGGUUCAAACAUUGCAGAGCGAGAAGGCCGAGUUGAUUGCGAGGACAAGACCCGAGGCUAUUGCUGCGCUCCAGGACCUGGUUAGGGACACAGAUGCCGGACUGGCACUUCAGAUGCAGAAAUUCGCGUCCUUCAGCGAGAAGCUCCUCUUGAGCAACGGCCUUAGUAUUAGCCCAAUCAAGGGACAGGGUUCUGGGGGAGGACCGCGCAGCCUCCGCGAGGCCGUCAUGGCCAUCAACAACGAGAAGGACCUGAGCGACGUUCUGAUGAGCCACCACUCCAAGCUACCGACGAACAACGAGAUCAAGUACGAGAAGAAUCCCAUCUUGGCGACACCUCGCAAUCCCAAUAUGAGCCACCAACCAAACGCCUCGGUCUCCAACGUGCCAAAGAUGACGCCGAGCGGUCCGCCGCCUGCGCAGAACCAGCAGCAGCAAAUGCCGCCUCCCGCCAGGCCAAACAACUUUCAACCGCCCGCCGAGUCCCCGUCGAGCUUCCAACCGCCUAGCAUGCCGGCAGCUCAACAGCAGCGUCCCUCGUCUCAGCAGCAGUCCGCCCCUCAGCCGCAGCAGCAUGGGCGUAGCUUCAGCACCAGCAACAUGCUGAACCAGCAGCCCAGCCAGCAGCAGCAAUUCCAGGCCAACCGCAACUCUGGAGUUCUGCAAUCGCGGUACAAUGGCGGUGGCAGCACCGUUGCUUCUCAGGGCCCGCCACAGCUUGGGGCUCUGCCCUUCCAGACUUCGCAGAGUCAAACGCCCCCUCCACAGCAGCAGCCCACCCCGCCAGCUCAGAGCCAGUACCAGCAGCCACCUCAGCAGCGGCAGCAGGGUAACCCCUUGCAGCAACACCCUGCCCAAGGGCCGCCUACCGGAGCUCCUCAAUACCAAGCGUACAACAGGCAGUCUCCUCCUCUUGCCGGCAACAACUCGGCACCAACGCCCAACCCCGCGAGGCCCGUAUUCGGGCUCACCUUGUCUCGCCUGUAUGAGCGGGAUGGUCUGCCCGUGCCUAUGGUCGUCUAUCAGUGUAUCCAAGCAGUGGACCUCUACGGCCUUGGCGUUGAGGGUAUCUACCGCCAGUCUGGUUCGUUGACGCACAUCAACAAGCUCAAGACCAUGUUCGAUACCGACUCCAGCAACCCUGCGCUUGAUUUCAGGAAUCCGGAAAACUUUUACCACGACGUCAAUAGUGUUACGGGCCUGUUGAAGCAGUUCUGCCGCGAUCUCCCUGACCCGUUGCUUACUACAGAGCAUCACAGCGAGUUGAUUGAGGCAGCCAAACACGAUGAUGACAUUGUCCGCCGCGACUCGCUGCACGCAAUCAUCAACAGCCUUCCCGACCCCAACUACGCCACCCUGCGCUCUCUCACCCUCCACCUGCACCGCGUCAUGGACAAUUCCCACGUCAACCGCAUGAACUCGCACAACCUUGCCGUCAUCUUCGGUCCCACUGUCAUGGGCACCGACCCGAGCACGAGUAUUGCCGACGCGGGCUGGCAGAUCAAGGUCGUCGACACGAUUCUGCAGAACUGCUACGAGAUCUUCGACGACGAGUAG